AGUCAAUACUUACGAGUCUCAAACAGGGCUUCCUCUUCCUCUUCUUCCUCUGUUCUUUUUUUUUUUUUUUUUGGUCUUUUUUGCAGAAACCAACAAUACCACAGAUGGGAAGCACCGCCGUCGAGAAGACUGCGGAGGAGCUCCAACGGGAGAUCGAUGAGCUCUAUCGCCAACAACGCGAGAUUACAGAGAGGCUGAGGGAUCCUCGGGGUCUCCGAAGAGGAGGAUUGUCAGGCGCCGGACCUCGGAACUUUGCUGCUAAUGGUGCUCGUCGGGGCUUUGUUCGCCCGUUGCAGGCGGAUGGGACUGAAGACCAGCCUCCAGCUAAGAAGCGACUGUUGUCUGCUGUUGUCAAGGUGGAGGAAGGAGAGAUUGCUGAGGAUGCUAUUGUUGGGAAGGAUGUGAAGCCGAACGAUACAGCCAUGGAAAGAUCUAUUGUGGAAAAUGUGAGUGAUAGAAAGCCACAAAGUGGUUGGACUAGGAGGGAUGUCAAUGAAAGAGCAGAAAGAAAGGAUAAUCUACCUCCAAUAACAGAGCAUGUUCCAAGGGUUUUACCAAAGAAUGAGGAUCCAAGCUUGGUUAAUAGAAACAAAAGAAUGCUGGGACAACUUUUGGGGACUUUGGAGAAAUUCAGAAAAGAAGAUAUGCAACUUUCAGGAACAGAGGCGUUUAUGCGGAGGUCAAAUUCUCUGCAAAGGGCUGAGCAAAGAGCACGUGAAGAAAGUGAAAAGCUGAGGGAACAAGAGCGUGAACAAAUUGCUGAAAAGCGGAGGAGAGAUCUGACUCUCAGAGCACGUGUGGCUGCCAAGGCAGAAGAAAAGAAGUUGGAUUUGCUGUUUCUUCAGUGGAGCGAGCAUCAUGGAAAACUUAGCAAUUUUAUAAGGACUAAAACAGAGCCUCCUAUAUAUUACUUGCCAAAGAAACCAUUGGAUGAAGAUGAAACUUUACGCGAGCAGCGCAAAGAACAGGCAUUUUUGGAAUGGAAGGCUACUAGGAGAGAGGAGCUGUCUGAAUAUCAGAAACAGAUUUCAGAACAGUAUGUAGCCAAUGUUGAAAAGGAGUUGGAGAGAUGGCAAAAUGCGAGGAAAGCCAGGAAAGCAAACAAUGAUAUUAACUUGCAGGAAACCAUGGACAAAGAAUUGGAUACCCAUAGGCUUGAACAUGGUCCAAAGAAGAGAAAGAUUCCAGGAGGAAGCAAUGAUGAUGAGGAUGAUGUGGAAGAUAUUAAUGUUGGAGAGGAUGACAUCAUGGAUGAUGUGCUGGAUGUUGUUGAUAAUGGAAGGAGAACUGAUGAGACAGCAAAAACAGAAGUUGAUAAUACCAGUCCACAGCCUAAUAAUGUUGACCAGAAUGAUUGACGCCAAUGAUUCCAGGUUCAUUGCUAGGUCUUCUUUGUAUUUCUGUAGCUUAUUUCUUGCGUUUAGCUGCAUUUUCCCCGUUAUUUGUUACUCCCUUCUCUUUUUCUUCUAUUGUUUUCUUCUGGAAAUAGGUGUGAGUUAAGUAUGGGUUUUGUGCGUGUAGGAGGAUUUUAUCUAUUAUACAUUACCUUUCUGGUUUUGUUAUUUAUUGCUUGGAAACAAAAGAAUAAUGAUUGGACUUAUUUACAACACAGAAUGGAGUGUGUUUCUCUUCCUAUAAAUACUUCGAUGUCCC